CACACAUCCAAGCGUUGCGCCUUGAUGCCGCUGUUGCAUCCAAGCAAAGAGUGACAGCCAGUCACUAAAUUGUCCGUACUUUUUGAUACGGUAGUAAAGACAACAACAAACCAUCAUGAUGAGUAAGCUGAAACUGUUCGUCUUCUUGGCCCUGACGCCCGCAACCUCUUGGGUGUUCUCGGCUGUGUCGCCUCAACCAAGACCCGAACCCAACCAGCUCAAUAAUUUCCACCAAGUUUUGGAACAAGUGGGCAAGACAGUGCUGCGUCCAGGCGGCAGUGCGGCCACAUUGACGCUGCAGGAUUGGGCCCAUCUUGGACCCGGAGACUCCGUGCUGGAACUCUGCUCGGGUUUAGGAACCGGUGGCAUGGCUUUGGCAGAAAACACGAGCUGCCGUGUCCUCUUGACAGACCGAGACACCGAUAGGCUGGCCAAAGCAAAAGCCACUGCAGUAGAGAAACGGCCGAGUGACUUGAUUGAAACCCUACCAAUGGACUUGCUCAAUGCCGACGAUUUGUUGGACAAAGCUGAGCAUUUUGAUGCGAUCGUGGUCGAAGCUUCGUUGACUCACUUUCCAGAGCUAGAGAGAGAAAGGAUUCUGCGUGGACUCAAGGAUCAAACAGAUCAAGUAUUGUUGCAUGAGAUAUGUUUCCGUGGCGAAGAUGAUGAAGAGAACACUAACGUGUCCAAACAAGUAGGGCGAGCUCUGGGAAUUCGCUUUGACCCUUCGAGCAUCGAGGGUUGGACGGAACUGCUAGAGCGUACCGGAUACAAUGUCACGCGUCUCGAGACUGGACCGCUUGGCGUCUUGAAUCCAAUCAAUAUUCUACAAGACGAAGGACCAUUAGGCAUGGCAAAAAUCAUCUGGAAUGUGAUCACGCGACCCGAUCUACGCGACCGAGUAAUUUCGGUGAGAAGCAUUCUACAAAAGCAUCGCGACAAGCUUGGGUACAUCAUUCUUCGAGCCGUACCAACCAACAUCCAAGAAUAA